UAUAUUUUGGCAUUUAAUUAUAGGCAAAAUGACUAGUACACGAGUAGCUGUGGUGACUGGAUCCAACAAAGGCAUUGGUUUGGCUAUUGUGAGGGCCCUGUGCAAGCAGUUCUCUGGGGAUGUGUAUUUGACAGCCCGGGACCCUGAACGAGGCAAAGCAGCAGUGACACAACUGCAGGAAGAAGGAUUAAAACCACUUUUCCACCAGCUGGAUAUCACUGAUCUGGAGAGUAUCCAAACUUUCUGUGAUUUCCUCAAGGGAAAAUAUGGAGGAUUGGAUGUGCUAAUCAACAAUGCUGGGAUUGCUUUCAAAGUUGCAGAUACAACCCCAUUUGCUGUACAAGCAGAAGUCACAGUGAGAACAAACUUUUUUGCGACCAGGAAUGUUUGCAGAGAACUGCUGCCACUAUUGAAACCCAAUGGGAGAGUGGUCAACGUAUCUAGUGUGAAUGGUGCUUUAGCAUUGUCCAGGUGUAACCAGGAUCUGCAGCAGAAAUUUCGGAGUAACAUAAUCACCGAAGAGGAGCUAGUGAAACUCAUGGAAAAAUUUGUGGAAGACACCAAGAAGGGAGUGCAUGAAAAGGAAGGCUGGCCAAAUACUGCUUAUGGGGUAUCCAAAAUUGGAGUGACCGUUUUAUCAAGAAUUCACGCAAGGCUGCUGAAUGAGUCAAGGAAAGGUGAUGGUAUUCUCCUGAAUGCCUGUUGUCCUGGGUGGGUCAGAACAGAUAUGGCAGGUCCCAGAGCCCCAAAAACCCCAGAUGAGGGAGCUGAGACUCCAGUUUACUUAGCCCUUUUACCCACUGGUGCUACUGAGCCGCAUGGCCAAUUCGUUAGUGAAAAGAAAGUUCAGAAAUGGUAACUGUGCUAGUAUGCUUCUGUAUAUAAGCACUGCAAACUAUAGAUGCUACAAAGCUCUUUGCUACAGGUAUAUGCUCUAGCAAUUCUGCCAGGCUCUUAUGCCAUAGAAGUGGGAACCCACGUAUAAAGGGCAUCCUGCUGCU